CAGUGGUUCAUGGCUCGUGUACGAGCAACCGCAGAAUCUCAGCCACGCUUUGGGUGGUGGUACUGGGAGACUUUCGGUUGAUGGUCGGCUUCCAAGACCAAGCGAACAGAAGAGACAGAAGAUGAUGAAUGGCACAGGAGGUGAAGGAGACUCAGUCCGCUCAGUAGCGGACAAAAGAAAGCAGGAGCAAGACGCUUUACGUCGGGACUACUUCAACACCCUCGUCAAGAACAGCCUUCAGCAACAGACUGGCGCAGCCCAGCAAGCGUCAUCUGGAACCUCGUCCUUGACGGCAGCGUCCUCCUCAAGUAGCACAACAGCAGGGAACUACAAACCUCCCACUGGCCCUCUAGCCAUCAGCGAUUACGGUCUAUCCCGGUUAUCUGUGAAAGAACAAUUUGAAGCUUUACUGCGGAGUUACGGGGAUGCGGCUUUACCUGCAAAUUUCCACCAUAUCUUCUGGCAUCGAUUACCGCCUGCGACUCGACGAUAUCUUUCGAAUGUGGAUACCAUUUUUGGAUCGUUGAUUCAAAAGAACCCGAGUUCACCGCGAAAACUGCCAGGAGCUAGCGGAUUUGCCGCUGCGGAGGGGACGAGUGACGUAUUCUUCACUUUUUCUUCAAUGCUAGUUCUCUUUCUCGUUACUCGUCAUGAAAGUCUAGAUGUUGUUCGCUGCCACUCUGCUAUUUUUGACCUCACUGAAUUCACUGUGCAUGUCCUUUCCGACCUUCUUUCCCUCUGUCCAACACACAGAUCGUUCUCGUCGACGCUCAGUCCACCUCUCCAACGGGCCAAAACGGCGAGCCAGAGGUCCUCAACGACGAAAAGCUGGCCUUGGAGUACUGCAUCUCUCGGUAUUGUUUCCUAGCUGGAGUCCAGAUCCCAAGGAACAGCUCCGAACACUACGCCAAUUGGGUCGUCAAGAGCGAGUUUCUGGGGUUAGUGGGACCGGAACGAUUGGCAAGGGACUCGUUGAUCCUUAUGUUCAUGAUCAACAAGACAAAACGAUAUGCACCACUGCAUUCCUGGAAGAACACGUUGCUGGAUAUGUGCGAUCCGGAGAUGGUGGCGAGGGUACUUCAUCUGUCAUUUUUUUUGAUGAAACUACACUGUCUAGUAACUACUUCAACUUGUGCAGCUCAUGAUGCAGCUUUGGUAACGCGAGAUGAAUAUGCGAGUUGUACAACAGGCUAACCACGCUAACUUCACUAUCUUUCUUUCCUUGUAGUAUUCACACACCCAUCUUCUGCUUAUUCAUCUCUAGGUUGAACGCGAGACCCUCGGAGCAUAUGACCAAGACGCACAGAGUGGUCGUCUAGGCCGAUUGAGGUUCUAUGACCAUGCCGAUGAACAUAUGGACCCCUUCGUGGUUGAGCGCUAUCUCAAUUCCGGAACGUUUGAACGCGCUAAAGAUGAAGUCGUGCGCAACGUCAAGGCUCUCAAGGCCAUGAAGAGCAAUCAACUGGAACUGCAAAGGUUGGAAGUCCAACUUUUAUCUGCGCGUGAGGGAGCAACGGAGCAGCAAAAGGAGCACUUGCAAACAGUUCGUGAGCAGUGCGUACAAAAAGCAGCAGCGAGCGGCGUACCGGAAAUGCAAGCCAGGAAUUUACUGAGUUCGAGUACCACAGAGCAAAGAGUCUUGCGGAAGUUGUUGUUCUACUUAAGGGUGAUUUUGGCUGAACGAGCGCAUGCGGAGGAUGAACUGUUGCGAAAACUGCAAACGGGAUUCCCGACGACGCAAAUCACAGCGCAAAUGCUGGAGAAGGCUUUGAUGGAACCAAUCGAUUGCACGACUAAUUGCAUGCUUCUAGCUACUGCCACUGCACAUCAAGCUCAAAUAAAACCUGGUUCUGGUGGAGGUGCUACGACUUCUAACGGAAAAUCUACUUCUGCCAGAACGAGAGAUCUUCAGAUCGACGAUGACGAGGAUGAGGACGAGUUUGAGGCUUCGCCACGUAACGUCAAUCGUCGAUAUUACUGGAAGAACGUGAUUGGAUACGCUUACGAAAAGAAAAAGCGCUCUCACACUCAAGAAAGGAGCUACUUUCCUACUACUUAUGAAAUUGUAGCCAAGUUCUUGAGUGUGAGUGCACUUUUUGUUCCUUUCAUAACGCUCAAUGCCUCACAAUCUCAGACCACCAAAUGGCAGAACUACAGCGAAUCCAGACUCACUGUGCCAGCGUCUACGACAACACCUUCAGACUGCAUAGACAGUGCAAGAAAGUGUACUACUGGAAAAAGUUUGGAACGAGUUUGGGACUGGCGUUGGCAGGCUCGACUUCAACCUCGAACUCGUUCAACAGCACAUCAACCUCUUCUACUUCCCAAGCAAACAAUUACCUCUGCCUUCUUGGUAAUGAGCAUUCUGAUAUUCGGCGUGUGAUAUUGGACUUCUUUGCGCAGAGAGGGGCUGGCACCAGAGAUGAAAUCCUGGCAGAAGUGCAGCAUCGCGUUCCUGAUGUGGAGAGACGACAACUGACGUUCUACGCUCUGAGGAAGAUCAUCUCGGAAUUUGCAGUGUAUCGCCACGACCGCUACAUUUUCCUGGGCUUCGUUGGGAGUCAACUGCAUGCAGCUGGCGCUGGGGGAGGGCGAUAGAGCAGCUUUUGGUGGUCUCACAGACACAGGAUGUGUCGAGAACUACUACGAUCAACAUGUUGACGAACACGCACUGAUCAAAGAAACGCAUAAGUACCCAUUAUACGCACUCUAGACAAUGCAUAUUUCUGCAACCAAACCAAAUGACGCCAACGUCAAAAUGAAUACCCUUUGCCCUACUUUUUACGCAACCUGAACAUUAACGCCUACAUGAUCAAGAUUUAGUGAAGCUGGACGUCGUUAAGAUCCCAACAACGACAACAACAUGCCAGAUCUUGCAAGAAAGAUCUCCAUCCGCAG